UACACUCGGAGGUACAUGGAUCAUAAUGCGAAGUCAACCAAAAUUUUACAUCUUCUCCGUUAUGUAACCCGAAAACGAUGGAUUCGUGUCCGUCGAUGUGAAGUCACAAUCGAGUUAAACCCUCUUUACUCGAACUCGGUCAUUAAUGCAAUUGUUCGAGUCCAUAUCUAACGGCAACCGGGAAGGUGACUGACGCACGAGGGGAUGGAUUGCCUUGCAGGUAAAACGAAGGAGCUCCCGACGGCCCGACGCCCUGGUCGCUCGCGGUCUGCCCGGUCGACAGUCGACAGUCGACAAUCGAGAGCUGGCCGUCCCAAGGACCGGAGCUGUCAGCGCUCACACUUUUUUCAAGCACGAUUUGUGUCUGUGCAUACAGCGUUGACCACAUGAGCGUCGAAAGCUUCGAUCAUUCCGCAACACAAGGAUUUUACUGUCACAAUCCGCCCAUUCUCGUGCACCGCCGAGCCCUAGACCUUCGCUGGUAAUCGAUCGAACCAAAUUUGGUGCAUCGGGAAAUUGGUCCGAAGGAGUGAUUGUGCUAAUCAUGGGGGACAGCGAGGGGCCUAUCGAUGUUUCGAGGUGGGUUGUAUUCUACCCAAUCUAUAUCAACUCGAAGAAAACGCUCGCAGAGGGCCGGCGAAUUAGUACCAGUGCUGGUGUGGAGAAUCCAAAUGUUGAGGAAAUUCACGAUUGCUGCAAUUAUCUUAAGCUCCCCUGCUUAGUCGAGCCCCACAAAGCAUACUCCAGAGACUUUAUGCAGAGAGGACGAGUACGUGUACAACUCAAACACGAAGACGGCACUUUGGUCAAUCCUGCGAUUUCCUCGAGAAAAGCUCUGAUGCUGAAGGUGGCGGAGUUGGUGCCGAAGCAUCAAGGUCGCGCUAAGAAGCAACAAGAAAGUGCUUCAACCUCCGGGGCUACAGCUGGUGCAGGGAAGUCAGGAAAAAGUGGUAAAAAGAAAAAGUGAGGGCAUUGACCGUUGCUUUUAUCUAACAUGAUUCUUCAUCCUGGGAGUUCAAGUCUGCUACUUGACACGGGUAACUUCAAGAUAUCCACAAAAUUUUUGCAGCUCAGUAGUCAAGUAGUUGCUGUCCAUGGUAUGUAUAGUCUUCACGACUACACGGAUAGGGGAGACAAAUGUUCUGGAAUUAAGAGGCUGGUAGAGAAGAGCUGAAUUGGGAUUAGGGGACUUUUUUUUUUCUGGACUGGUUUAGUUGAGUCACGUUGAGCUCGCCAAUUAUGACCGGUCCUGUUUUAAUUUUGGCUUCCCGAAAGAGAUGGUUAGACUGGAAUUGUUAGCUACAAUCACAAGAUGGAAAAUCCCUUACGUGAUCCGUCUCAGAGGACCUGACCAUUGAAGGUUGCAAGUAGUCCUCAUUGAGAAGAGUGUGUACAUGGGGACAUGAG